AGGAAGAGAGAGAGAGAAAGAGAGAGAGAGAUGUAGAGACAGGAAGCCUCCACUGCUACUGAGCCAGUGAGACGCAGGCAGGCAGAGGGAGAAGACGGAGAGAGAGAGGCCCUCGGCAUCUCCAAGCCCGGCCCAAUGAGGGGGUGAGGGGCUCAAGAGCACUACAACGGAGAGGAUAGUGGGAGGAGAAGCAGAAACGGAGGAAUAAGAGGGAAAAAGGCAGGCCGAUAAAAUCAGAAACAGGCUUCAGCGGGAAAAGGGGAGUGGGUGGGUGGGAUCUGCGAUGAAGAGAGGAAAAAGCAGAUAAAAGUUUUGGAGACAGAGUAGGAGAGGGAGAGGGAAGGGGAAAAGAGACUAAAGAUAGAGUGGAUACAGUCUAUGUUAAUGGCAAAGGCAGGAGGAGAUUCAUGGAAAAAGAGGAAGAAGCUCUCUGUGUCUCAGGAGUCCUCCUGUUCCUCUUCUGCUUCUUCUUCUUCAUCUUCUUCUUCUUUCUGUGAGGCUGCUGGACAUCAUCCAUCACCAUGUUUUCUGACAGCAGGGCUCCAGCGCCCGGGGAGCAGAAAGGCUUCAAGCCCCACGCCCCUCACUUCAUCCCCUGGCUGCGCAAUAGUCUGAAGCCGCACCACAGCAGUGACCUGGGGCUCAACGGACCAUACAAAUCCACCUCAGAGGCCCGCAACAGCCUGACCCCGCUGGAGAAAGGCAAAGGAAUCGGGUUCUUCUCCAUUCAGGGAAAGGACCGAGCGAAGAAGGGGGAGCUUCGGUGUAAUGGCGUGGGGAUGGCGAGAAUGCUGCCAGUGGUGCUGAGGGGGCACCACAUUCUGCCAGGGAGUCUGGGGAAGCAGAGGGAGGAUAGUCCUGCCAGAUGGAACCAGUCUCCAGAGCUUCACCCAGACUCCAACACGCAGAUGAGUCCAGGGGACGGGCCGCAGGGUCUGAGCAACAGCUCCACGCCCCCGAAGGAGAACCACACCUUUGUUAGGAACCACAGCAGUCACCCGAGCCUCCCUCAGCUGCAGAAUGACGGGACCAGCACCUCAAUAAGGAAAUAUGGGCCGCUAGUGGGACCCCCUCCUGCUCCUGUUCAGGAGGAGCCAAACUGUAAGGUGCCUGCUGUGGUGGGCACGGAGGACAGGAGGGGGAAGGUGUGGGACUACGGCAGCAGUACCACCUACCGCCAAAGAGACCUUCAUUCAUCCAGCUGGGUGAGCUCAGACACUCAGGGACUAAUAGAGAGGCAGCACGGCUUCACCUCCAGCUUCAGCUACAUCAAACAACAGAGCAGGAACUCCCAGAGCCAGAGAGACCUGACAACGCUGAGGGAACCACCUGUGGAGGGUUUCAACGGGCCUCUCAAUGGAGUCAUCUUCUCUACUGAGGUUCCUCUGAGAGGCCUGGGCUGCACCACAACUCUACGAGGCCCCAGGAAACCCAGACCAAGCUCGGAGGGUAUUGGGGUCCUGGGUCAGAACCAGACAUGGGUCCAAUACAGGCCAACCAUCGAAGGGGAGUCACAGAGGAAGGAAGCAGGUUGCAGCAGGAAGGUGGUUCGAAACCAGAUAAAACGAGUGGUGGACAACCUGGAGCAGGUUCUUACAGCACUGAGGGACGUUCACCAGGAAAUGAAAGAGGUGGUGCAGCAGAUUGACAAUCUAACUUCAUCCAUUGAUCUGAAUGAGGAGGAGCAGCAGAGGACUGCAGGAGGCGACAUGGCCAAGCCAACCAGCGACAGCAGCUCCAGUUCAGGUUCCAGCUCCAGCGAGGUGACAGUAGGCAGCACCCAUCAGAGGCUUUCAGAGCCUGAAAACGGGCCAGGAACUACAGACUCAUCUGGCACCCUCAGGAGAGAUCAUCAUAGCAGGAGCCAAUCUCCACCAAAUGUGCUGCUGUGCCCAGUAAACUCUGCGUUUUCAUCAGAGAGGAGUCGAACUCUUCGGUUCACAUGCAGUCUGGGGUCUUCUCCCAGACAAGGUGGGCAGCUGCAGUACAACAAUAAUCUUCCUCCAUCUAACCGCCCUCAACUUCAAAACCUCACCUCUCAUGACCUCGCCUUGUCUCCUCAAAGAAACCUCCCUGUUCGGCCUCCCACUCCUGGUCUCUCCCCUCUAACUGUAAACCUCCAUCACCCCAACGGCCCUGGUUCUCAGCCUCCCUCCCCUGGGCCUUCCUCCUGUAUCAGGGUCAGCCCUGUCUCCCCUCCCUUCCCUCUGUCCCCAAAGCCUCACCCACCCCCCACCCGUAGCCCGUCUGUCAUCAUAGAGAACAAAAUCGCAUCUUAUCAGACCCCACAAAGUGACCACCCAUCUGGUGUUCAGUGUUCUCCAUCAUCGAUUCAGCCUCCCCUUGCCAGCUGCCCACCCACCAACUCAGAAACUCAAACUGUGUCCAACAAUGACAGAGAGCGGAGAACAUCCUCAGCAGGGUCUGUUCAUAGACCUUCACAGGUGUGCACUGCCCCCACAGCCACAGCUAAACCACCAACAGCACAAGGCCGCAGAGGUCGCAAGCCUCCUCCGUACCCCCACCACAGACCCUCUGAGCACACAAAGAAAGUGAAGGAGCCCCGCAAAGCUCCUCCGUACCCUGAGAAAAGGAGGCUGCUCUCGACCACAGUGUGAGACAAUGCAGCAGGUGGGGGAGGCUGAUCGACCAGAGCCAUAUUCACAGCACCAGCCACGGGUCUGCUAGAGUGGAGAGUGAUUUAAGGCUCGCCAAGUUGAGCUGAGACCAAGUUUCCAAGGUGACAAGAUGCAGACGCAACUUGGGCAUCUGAACGUUUCCUGUUGUGACCCCGGAGGGAGUCUUGACGGACACAAGAGACACAAACUGAGCAUUUCCUCAACUCCGGAGGAUCACCGCUAGACAGUGAUGAGAGGAUCCGAACUCAGACCAAACAAGGGCACGGAGCCAGAGCAGGAGGAGGAAACAUGUGCUCUCACUAAUGACAGAGUGUCAGGACUGUCCUUGCUGGGGGAAGGAGGCGUGUCAAGGUGUGCUUCACUUCACCGGCGACCACCAUCAGACACGGCAGACCUCCGGCUAAGUGACUGAGCUCAGAAAGAGUCCAGACAUUAACCUUCCAGCAGACAUUAUGUGCAAAAGACACGAGUUUGGCUUCCAGGAGAAAUAAAGUUGUUGUUUUUUUUUUUGA